AUGGACGUGGGUGCAGCUCCCUCAGAGUGCGCGCAGGUGGCGCGGGGCCUGGAGGCAUGGCGGCAGCGGUGCGUGGAGCUGGAGCAGGACGGGCACCGGGCGCGGGAGCAGCUGGCCCGGGCGCAGGUGGAGCGCGCGACACUGGAGGUCAAGCUCAAGCACGCGCGCAACCAGGUGGAGGUGGAGAUGCGGCGUCGGCAGCGCGCCGAGGCCGAGCUGGAGAAGCAGGACCGGCAGCUUCAGCUGAUCUGCGGCUACCUGAUGCAGGAGCCCUCGGGCCCCAGCGGCACCGCCUCCAGCCUGGCCCUGGGGAGACGGCUGUCCGUGGUGGACGAGUCGGGUGCCUCGCUCCUGUCCCAUUCCGGCAUCAGCUACGACCCCACGGACGAUGACCUGGACCUGGAUGUGACGGUGGCCCAGCUGAAGCGGCGGUCCCAGGAGAGGCGGCACUCCUCCCUGGCACCGGUGGUCGGCCCCAUGGUGCUGGCAAAGCACUCGCGCCCGUUAGCGGAGACCACCACUGAGAGCGAGCCCCAGGCGCUGCUUGCCGCUACAGUCGUCACCAAAGGCCCCAGAGCUGUUGGCGCCCUCCCGCCCGUGCCACGCCGCCGGUCCCGUCAGGCUGCCUGCCUUUCCACGCUUGCAGCCGGGACCUUGGGGCUGCGGUCCCGGCGCUCCCGCCUGCUGCUGCACAACGAGUGCCGCCCACGCUACACUGCACCCUGCACCCCCAGCCACCACGCCUGCCCCCGCCAGGGCGUCCUGGCAGACUUCGCCCCCCUGACACCGCCCCGAGUGCCGGCGCUGGUGGUGCAAUGCGUGCAUGAGGUGGAGAGCAGGGGCCUGGCAGAGGUACAAAGACAGGGACAAGGAGUCGCCCGCAGCCCUGCCUGCAAGAUGGACCGCCUGGCACGUGUGUUGGGGCCCGCGCGGGUGGGGUCGGGCUCGGCCCCCCCCCCGCCCCUCACCAUCCUGGAGGACACCCCACGCCAGUGCAAGCGGCUCUCCUGCCCCCUGCCCUCGUCCGAGACCAGCUCUGCCCCGAUGAGUCCAGCCAGCGCCGGCUGCCUGCCCAGCGCCCUGCGCCCCUGCACCAAGCUCCCGCGGGCAUCACACCCCAAGAAGACCGGCCGCUUCUUCCCCUCCCCACCCUAGGGGACAGACAUGUUCCCUCCUGCUGGGGGGGGCAGCACUGGGGACCAGGCCCCUCCUGCUGCCCCCACUGCAGAGGGGCUCUGGCCCAGUGCCGCACCCCUGGCCAGGGCUUGUGCCCGUCCCUGGCAGCCCCCAGGCCCAGCGCUGGGGGCAUGAGGCUGGAUUUUUCUCUUGCCCCCCGGAGUGAACCCACCGACCUGGGCCUCUCUCUGCACUGAGGAACAGCUUUUGUUUUGGGGGACAGGGCAGGACAG